CGGGGCGCGGCCGACGCGGGGACGCGGCGCAGGGAGGGACGCGGCCGGGCGCCCAUGGCGUUCGCGCUGCUGCGCCCCGUCGGAGCGCACGUGCUGUACCCGGACGUGCGGCUGCUGAGCGAGGACGAGGAGAACCGCAGCGAGAGCGACGCGUCGGACCAGUCGUUCGGCUGCUGCGAGGGCCUGGAGGCGGCGCGGCGCGGCCCGGGCCCCGGGGGCGGGCGGCGGGCGGGCGGCGGCGGCGGCGCGGGCCCCGUGGUGGUGGUGCGACAGCGGCAGGCGGCCAACGCGCGGGAGCGGGACCGCACGCAGAGCGUGAACACGGCCUUCACGGCGCUGCGCACGCUCAUCCCCACCGAGCCGGUGGACCGCAAGCUGUCCAAGAUCGAGACGCUGCGCCUGGCGUCCAGCUACAUCGCGCACCUGGCCAACGUGCUGCUGCUGGGCGACGCGGCCGACGACGGCCAGCCGUGCUUCCGUGCGGCCGGCAGUGCCAAGAGCACCGUCGCCGCCGCCGCCGACGGCGGCCGCCAGCCGCGCUCCAUCUGCACCUUCUGCCUCAGCAACCAGCGCAAGGGGGGUGGCCGCCGUGAACUGGGAGGCAGCUGCUUGAAGAUGAGGGGAGUGGCCCCACUUCGAGGGCCACGGAGAUGAGCCUGGUUCCCUGUGGUAUUUGCUCCAAGCAGGAUCCCGAAGAAGGAAGCCAGGAGCCAGCCACUGGCUGGACAGGGGAGAAGACCCCAGGAGCCUAACCCACCCCUUCUUGGUGUAGGGACCAGGGGACAAUGGCCUGGGCCCAGGACCCUCUGGGCAGAGCCCCUGGGACAUCUCCACCCCACCCUGGAGAGCUGUGAGGACCCAUUCAGCCUGCCCAGCCCUGGCUAGUCAGAGACAAGGCAGAACUUUUGGAAAAACAAAGAUAGUUGGUGAGAGAGGGUGUGUGCAUGUCUGUAAAUGAGUGUGGGUGUGUGUGUGAGAGAGAACUGGUGGGUUUAAAAUAAAAGUUAUUUUUAAAUAAAAAAUGUCCCCAGCUAAGGAAGGGAAGGGUCUGUGGACAUCGGAGGUCAGAGGUGGCCCCUCCCUGGAACUAGAAAGAGGCGCAGGUGUCACAGGUGCUGCCCUGAGCCCUGAAACAGGUGGGGCUGGGAAGGCAGGCACAGCCCCCUCCCCAGAAGUAGAGAUCACCAAACUUUCCUCACAGUCUUCCAUUUGCCACAUGUUCUUGAACAACU